AUGGCGUCAGUGAAAUUGCCUCCUAAUCUGAAUUUGCAAAGUGAAAGCGCAGCCAGUGAGUUUAAAUUUUGGCUACAGCUUUUCGAAGACUAUAUGGUGGCGGUGGGAAAAAAUGCGGCUGAAGACAAAGUCAAGCUUUCUCUUUUACGAAAUAUGAUGGGGCCAGAGGCAGCUCGUAUUUUACAGACAUUGCCCAUAAAAGAUGAAAAUGCAGAAAAGUAUACAAAUGUAAUCGACGCGAUAAAAUUAUUCGUAUCACCGCAAAUUAAUAAUAGCUUUGAGCGGUUUAAAUUCAACGAGAGAAAACAACGAUAUGGUGAGCCAUUUGAAAUGUUUCUCACAAAUUGCAGAGAGCUUAUUAAAACAUGUGAGUACAAUGUAACAUCAGAUUCGGAGCCCUUAGAAAAUCAGAUUCUUCGUGAUAAAAUCGUGCAUGGAGUGUAUGACAAAGCUAUUCAAGAAAAUCUUUUACGAAUUGAAAAUUUAACAUUAGAGAAAGCCAUUCAUUACUGCAGGACAUCUGAACAGAGUAAAAAACAAGUACAGCAAAUGAAUACAAGCACCGCAGUAGAAGUGGACGUGUUGAAAAAGACGAUUAACAACACAUUUUCAUGCAUGAGAUGCCAGAAACAACAUGGUCCGAGACAAUGUCCAGCAUUCGGGAAGCGUUGUUCAAAAUGUGGGAUACUCAAUCAUUUUGCAGUCAGUUGCAGAAAGAUACCCCAACAUGCCAAGAAAGUUAAAGAAGUAAAAUUUGAUGAGAAGCCCGAUGACACCAGCAGUAGUGAGGAGUUGUUUUGCGGGAUGACCAAAUUCAAGGAUACCUGCUCCAACGAUUGGUUGUGUGGCGCUGAACUUGGUAAAAAGAGUUUUUAA